AUGAGGAGCCUGUGUAGCAAGGCUCACGGCCUCUGUCCUGCUGCAGUCUUGGGGGCUGAUGCUGCGGAUGCUGCUGUUCCUGCUGCGACAGCAGCUCUGCCCUCUACACUCUCUGUCCUACUGGGCACAUACAACUGGAAGAAAACAAUUUUGAAAUGGCAUGCAUGUCGUCUAACAGGCUACCUAGAGAGCCGCCUAAGCUGCGGAACAACAAACCCCACCCCGGACCGCCUAGUUGGGGCUGCUACCGUUCCUGCGGAGGCAGCGGGGUCGGCGGCGGCGGCUAAUGCUGCUUCGUGUAGCAAGUUGCUUUGUCUGCUUGAAGACAACAUAUCUGAGUCCUUAUUGAAGGGCAGGUGCCGCAGAGGGGUGGGCGGCGGCUGUCCGGCCUUCUGUCCUUCCUGGAGCUCUCGACCGCCGCAAAGAGCAGCAGCAGACGUCUUCGCAGCAGCAGCAGUUGCUGCUGCUGCAGUAAGGCCCUUCAUGCCUCAUAAUCCAUUGGGGGUCACAGGGCCCCCCCCCGCCGUUUCGUGUGAAGGCGCCCCUGGGAAGGCAAGAGCGAAUCCAGAGUUGUGUGUUCCGGCAGUCGAAGCGUCUAUACAAGCAGCCGUAGUAACAACAACAGAAAUAGCAGCAACAAAAGCAACAGCCAUUCUGUGGGAGGAUGAGCUCAGCGAUGACAAUGGCCUUUGCUUGAUAGACCUUCAGGGUGAGGCCCUUAUGGCCGUUCAAGACUCACCGGAUGCCGCAGCAAAGUUGGUGCCGCUGCAGGAUUCUCCGGAGACAGCAGGGGAACAGCAGCAGCAGCAGGUUGAGGGCUCCGAAUUAUGGGGCAUAGUGCGGUGGCCGUCUGCUGCUGCCGCUGCUGCUGGCGACAGCGGAUGCUGCUGCUUGCAUGUGGGAGGAGACAGCCUGGAAGGGAAAGUUGGACCUUUUGUCUCUGCUGGAGGUGCAGGGCCCCUGGCAGUGCUGCGGCGUGUGCUGCGGCCGUUGCGGUUAGACGUGUCGGAGUGUACGUACACCUCAGCUGCAGUAGCAGAGACAGAAGCAUGGGAGUUUCAAGGAGUUGUCGAGAAGACUGUAUCCUUCUGCGACCCACCAGUGCUGAACCCUUUUAAGGAAGUCUUCGUUGCUCAGGCAGCAGGCACCGGUCCGCAGCCGCAGCAGCAGCACGGUGCAGUGGCAGGACCUGCUGCUGCUGCUUCUAUGGCCGAAGCAGCAGCACCAGAUGCACCCAACAGCGACGCGGUGUGGCUCAUUGCUGCCUCACCACUGCUGCAGCAGAUGCAAGGUUCGUGGCAGUUGCUGCACCUCGACCGUGUGCUGCGCGACGAGCUGCAGAAGCAACAGCGGCAGCAGCGGCUACUGCUAGUAAAGGGGCGGCCUGCUGCACUACCCCCCUCUCCAACUGCUGCUCAGAUGCGUGCAGAGAGCGAAGCCAUCAUUUGCUGCCGCAGCAGUACCUUCCGGCUGUCGCAGAACACCAUAGACGGCGAGGUGCUGGUUUGCUACAGGAGCGCUCCAGGAGCAACAGCUGCAGCAGUACCAACGGACGACGAAGUCAUCGUAGUAGACGAUGACAACGGCAAUAGCAACAAAAACAAGAGCACCAACAACGGAAGAAGCAACAGCAGCAGGGGAGGCAGCCACGGGGUUGCAAUUAUGGGCGUCUGCAGGUCGGUGCUGCAGCUGCAGAAGUCACGUGGACGGUUCCACCAGGUGCAGCAGCUGCUGCAACUGCCGGUGCAGCAGCUGCUAUCUGUGCACACGGACGCAAUACCAGCAGCAGCUGCCGCUGCAGGCCGCACGGUGCUGCCGUCUGCUUUGCUACUGCAGCAGGUGCAGGCCUCUCCUGAAGAGAUCGCAGCAGUCCUCCUUGGUGAUGCUGGCCUGGCGUUUGAAGACACUUGCAGCUCACAAGCAGCAACAACAGCGCCUGCAGCGGCUGUGGAGCAGAAGCAGUUACAGGAGGGAAACCUCCGGCAGCAACGCUUGGCUCAGCUGAUGCAGGAGCUCCCCCCCAUGUGGGGAGCGCUCCCUUCGCCCGCAUCAGAUGUUAUUCUCUUCGAUCCGGACUUAGGCGGGUAUUUCGCAGUCUCUCCUGCUGUGCUGCGCAAAUGGGUGCUCCGCAUAGCAGAUUGUCUCGCCCUAAGCAGGAGCGGCAGCAGCGGUGUCUACGGUAGCGAGUGGCGUAGCGUUGGCUGGGCGUUGGAUGCAAUCGAGGAGUCCGUGCAGCAGAUUGGCCAUGUCGUUCCGGGGCUGCGGAUACAUCCUGAACGAGCAGGAGGACCCGCAGCAGACGUAACCGCAAAAGGCGGCGAGAAGUGCCCUCGACUGACUGCAGGUUUGCUGCUGCAGCUGCUGCGGCAUUUCUGUGACGUGCGGAUUCCCCAGCUCUGCUGUAGCAGUCAUCCGACGGCCUUGGGGGACAGCUGCCCCCCUCUUCCGACGGAGGCAGGUGCUGCAGCAGGAACGACAGCAACAGCAGCACAUGUGGUUGAGGACCUGGUGGAUCUCGUGUGCAGCCUAGAACGGGUCCUGAGUGAUCCAGAAGCAGCGCGGAAAGCUGAGGUGGCAGUGAACCUGCUGAAGUUACGUGCCUUGCUGGCAGCAGAGACCGCAGCAAGCGUGGGGCUACAGUUGCAGUUGCAAUUCGGUGUACUGUUUCCGUUAUCUGCUGCAGUGUCUGCAGCCGACAUCAAGAAGUUUUGCAUCGCCUUGGGGAAACGGUGGGAGCAGCUACCCUGCAGGGUAUUGCACUGGGGAAAGUCACAUAUGGAGGCACGCGUAGCAGCACUGAAAACUGCAGCUGCUGCUGUUGUCACUACUCAAGGCCAACAACAGCAGCUGAAACAGCAGGAAGCGGUGCAUGAAUUGUUAGUGGCAGCAUCCGACCAUAUCCCGCUGCUGGCUGCGUGGUUUCACAUGGAGCAGCUGCAGGGAAAGGUAGACCAGUAUCUCUCUGCAACCCAGCUGCUUCGCUGCUGCUCCUACGGCUUCCCCGAUCUACGCACCGAUUUCAGUCAACAGCAAGCGCCUCCCAGGUGUCUCCUCUACCCUAACCGCCAGCCGGAGGGAGCCGUUGCUGGCCUCGAAGCAGCAGCAGCAACCGCUCGCCUGUUUCAAGCUGCAGCAGCUGCAGCAGCCCACGGCAGGAGUGGCAGCAGCAUCCGGGAAUUUGCUGCUCUGUUGCCAGAUGCAGACGAUCAGAAUGCCUUCUUGCAGGGUAUGCUGCUGUCUCCUCUGCGAUGCUCGUUCGUUGCUGUUGAAGGUCAGCUGCUGCAGCUACCUGCAGCAGCGCUGCCCCUAACCCCGAGGGAGCGCCUCGUUGCUGCAUACGCUGUGAAGUCCGUGUGGAGAGAAGAAGAGCUGGAGCUGCUGCUGCGUCCUUGCCUAUUCAUCAGCGGACACGACCAGGAUUUAGCUGUAAAAUUGGGCGCUCCGCCGGCGAGCUACUGCUUCGUCUUUCAGACGGAGUUGUCUGCAGUAACGAAAGAACAGGUCACUUCGUUCAAAGCCAGAAACGUCCCACUCCCCUACUGGGAACUUGACUGA